AUGGACAUGUUUCUGCUGACAGCCGCCGCGAUCGUCUUGGCGCCUCUGCUGCUCAACCUUGGGAGCUGCUAUCGCGCGGUCUUGAACGACGCACGCAUUAUCUCGUUGGACCCUGCCCUGCAAAGCAAGCUAGAAGUGCUCUACGCUUAUCCCGGUUUCUGGGCCUUGUUCUGGUAUCGGCUCAGCCACGCUCUUCUCAUGAGAAACAUCCCUGGCCUUUCCUCGGUUGUGCCAAGACUGGCCAUGUCUAUUGUCCGAUACGCCACCUCCAUCGACAUCCACCCGGCUGCCCAAAUCUCGGAAGAAGGAGUGUUAAUAGACCAUGGAGCCGCGUUGGUGGUCGGCGCGACGGCCAUAAUCGGGGCCCGGGUUACUCUGUACCACGGGGUUACGCUUGGCAACUCCGGGAAGAAGGUGUACAUGUACUACUGCUGUAGGCGGAGGGAUUGCGCCCAGCCCCCCAAUGGGGCUGACGGCCAGAAUAUGACGGAUGGAUGUGGGGGCAAAGUAUUAGAGAAAAGGUUUCCCCGGGAGGGAAAAGACAUCCCACCAUCGGAGACCGCGUUGUCCUCGGCGCUGGUGCAAAGAUUUUGGGAGAUAUCACCGUCGAGGAUGAUGUGCUAG